AUGGCCCCGAGGAAGACGAGAGCGAGGGCAGUCCAAGGAGGCCAAGCAGACGAGCCUGCACCCAAGAGAGGGCGACCCGCCAAGGCGAGGACGACGGCGGCGCAGCCACCGCGAGAGGACCAGGCGGCUCAGCCUAACCGAGAAGUACACCUCGACGAUGCGAGACCCAGCGGAACGGAGGUCUCGGCCGGCAGAGCGGCCGGCUUACCAACAGGCGACCAGGGCGACGAGUGGCGUCCAUCAACGUCUCGACGCAACGCCGGUCCAAGGAUAUCAGCGCCAAGGGCAGCGUCGACGCCAGCGGCGGUACGACUUCCACCCGAUGAUGACGACACAUCCGCAAGUACCUUCGACGAUAGCGCAGAUAUUGUUACGCGCGUACCAUCGAGUGAGGAUCCGUUGUCUCGUUUAGCGAACGUGUUAGAAUCGACCUUUCAUGCCAUGCGCGACGCGUCUCGCAAUGAGAGUAAUACGCACUUGUUAAGUAGGAUGACCGCCAAAUCGUUACCCACGUUUUCCGGCAACCCGUUAGAGUGGUUGCAUUUUAAGCAGGCGUAUGAAACGUCGACGGAAGCGGGCGCGUACACCAACCGCGAGAAUAUAACCCGUCUUUUUAGGGCCUUGCAAGGCGAGGCACGUGAGUCCGUAAAUACGUUGUUAGCGACGGGGCGAGACGCCGACACGAUCAUGAAAAGUUUAGAGCUUCAUUUCGGCAAUAAACAGGUGCUCGCGCAGAAACUCGUCGCGGAAAUACACGACUUGCCCAAUUUAGCGUCGGGUAAAACAAAUUUGACACACUUCGCGUCGAAAUUUAAGAACGCCGUCUCUGCCUUUAGGUCGUUAGGUCUGGUCGGAUAUUUAUAUAGUCCUGAGCUUGUGCAAAGUGUCGCGGGUAAAAUUCCGACAGCUUUGAAAUACGCGUAUAAUUCAUACGCGGCCACGACAACGAACGUCGAUACAGAACUCGAGAAACUAGCGGGAUUUUUAUAUCGCGAGGCAGAAUUAGCAGUAGCGGGUGGUAUAUUCUACUUCGGAACCGAAGUGGAACAAAAACGGGGUUCCGGGAAGAAAUCGUCCACACAGAAGUCUCACCACGUAUGCAUGGCGGCCGGGGUGUCGAGGCGCAACGAUAAUCGUUCCAUCAGCAACAACGCGUGCGUAGCUUGCCAGCGCGAUAAUCAUAAAACAGCGGAAUGCUCUCGCUUCGCGCGAGAAACCGUAGAGCGUCGUUGGUUCCUUAUAAAAAAAUCGGGGCUAUGUUUCAAAUGCCUCGAGCGAGGCCAUUCACAAACCGAGUGUAAGACUCAGAAUUGUUCCCACUGCGAGAGACCGCACCACGCAUUGCUACAUAAUCCAGCACGCGCCGGGAAAAAUCGAGAAUCGUCAAAUGCGUUACACGGCAAACACGUGGCGAGCGUUAGUUCCGCGGGGGCAAAGGGUGUCGGCGACACGCCGUCGGCGCCAGUAGCGGGGCCGAACGGGGUAGAAAAAACAUUUGCGUUGCUGGAUGACGGAUCGACCAUAACGGUCAUAGGCGCCGGUUUAAGUAAAAGGUUGGGACUGCGCGGCACAAAAUCCAACAUAAAAAUCCGUGGAAUUCGAGAAAGCGACGUUGUAGAUGCUUGUUACGAAAAAGUAGAAUUCUAUAUCCGCGGAGAUGAGAAUGAGUUCUUGAUAAAAAACGCGGUUACAGUCGCGAAUUUAACAUUCCCUUCGCAAUCACUCUCAGAGGAGUUAGUACGCCACAUCGCGAAAGUACAAAGUAUUUUUGUACAACCUUAUAUUAACGCACGGCCGCUAGUACUCAUCGGCCAAGACAAUUGGCGAUUAUUACUGAGUCGAGAAGUGCGAGUCAUGGCCGACACCGACACAGCGAUCACACUCACGUGGCUAGGGUGGACGGUACACGGAAAUGUGCGCGGCCGCAAGAGAGGGGGAAUUUUUUCGGUUCGUAAGCAAACAACGUCGGCAAGUAUAGAAGCCCGUGACGAAUCGUGCGAUUGUGGGUGGAUGCGACUAGAUGAACUCGUGCGCGAGCAUUUCGAUAUAGAUAGUCUCGGGGUCCGCGAAACCACGCGACCGAAUCCGCGGCACGAACGCGCUCGAAAAAUAUUAGAAAACACGAGCAAACGCGUCGGAACCUUGUGGGAGACCGGUCUCCUGUGGAAAAGCGAUACCCCCCCCACGGUCGACAGUCGGGCGACGGCACUGAAAAGACUUCUCUCGCUAGAGCGCAAAUUAGAUCGUGAUCCCGAAUACGCGAAACUAUAUUACCGCGAAAUGAACCGACUCAUCGACAACGGGUACGCGAUGCAGGCAACGGAUGAGACGCGGGAACGAAUAUGGUACCUGCCGCACUUCGGCGUGACGAGUGACGCUAAACCGGGGAAGCUACGGUUGGUAUUCGACGCGGCAGCUAAGUCGUCGGGCGUUAGCCUGAACGACCAGCUGGAAUCGGGGCCCGACCUGCUGCAAUCGUUAUACGGCGUACUCAUACGUUUCCGACAAUUUGCCGUGGCGGUCAAGGCCGACAUUCGAGACAUGUUUAUGCGCGUCGGGGUCCGAGAACAAGAUCGAGGAGCGUUACGUUUCUUGUGGAGAGGGAAGGAUAGGAAAUCGUACCCGGUCACGUACGAGAUGACACGCCUCGUGUUUGGUGCUAACUCGUCGCCGUGCAGCGCGUUAUAUGUCAAAGACGAGAACGCAAAAACAUUCGCGAAUAGUAAGUCGGACGCAGCCGAAAGCGUCAUAAAGAAUUCGUAUGUCGACGAUUUUUUAGCGAGCCGGCCUACCAUUAGUGAGGCGAAAAGAUUAGUACGCGACGUAAUUGAAAUAAAUUCCCAUGCGAACUUCGUGAUGCACGGUUGGGCCAGCAACCAUCCGCGCGCCAUCGACGAAGUCGAAAUGAGCGCGCGCCUGCGCGAUGACAAAAGAACGCGGUUGUGCGACCGAGAUAACGAACGGGCGUUGGGACUAUACUGGGACAUUGACGCCGACACUUUGGGCAUCAACGUAGGUCUUGCGCGUAUACCGGGCGAAUUAAUGAACGGCGUUAGAAAACCCACGAAGCGAGAAUUUCUGCGAACGAUAAUGUCAAUUUUCGACCCGCUUGGAUUGAUUAGUCCUUUCAUUAUAAAAUCUAAAAUAAUCAUGCAAGAGGUAUGGCUUAGCAAAGUCAAUUGGGAUGAGCCGUUACGAGACGAAGAGCACGCGAGAUGGAUGUCGUGGCUGCAGGGUCUGCGCGAUAUAAAGAAAAUUCGUAUUCCGCGGUGUAUCACGCCGAAAGAAAAUUAUUUCGAGAGCGCGCAGUUACACGCGUUUUGCGACGCGAGCCUCAAGGCGUACGCCGCGGCCGUGUAUAUCCUCUUCACCAUACCUGAUCGCCCCGUUCACGUAGCGUUAAUUAUGGCUAAAUCGCGCGUAGCGCCCGUGAAGCCCAUGUCAAUACCACGGCUCGAACUACAAGCGGCGUUGCUAGCCGCACGCUUGAUUUGCGCGGUUGCAAAAGAAUUAGAAAUAUCGUGCGGUAAGUGGUACUUAUGGUCGGACUCGCAAACGGUUCUGCGAUGGCUGGAAACGGAACCGCAUACGCGUCAAACAUUCGUAGCGCAUCGUCUCGGAGAAAUUAGCGAGCUAGUAGCUUCCGCGACGUGGCGAUGGGUACCUUCGAAAAUGAAUCCGACUGAUUGUGCGACACGCGGAAUUUGCGAAGAUGCGAAAAUUAAAGAGAUGUGGUUAGGAGGGCCAGAUUUUUUGAAAUUAACCGAGCCGCAAUGGCCCGCGCCGAGAGAACUUACUAACGCGGAGAAACAGUCCAUCGACGGGUUGGAAAAACGUAACGUACAAAUAUGCACGGUAAACACAGUCCGCGAAUACCUACCGCUAGCAGUACGCCUCUUCGGGUGGCGCGGGCUAAUUGUCAGCGCGCGGCGGAUGCGUAAAUACUUCGACCGAUGGCGCAAAAAGUCGAGUGAAAAAGAUGAUUUGACCGAACUUAAACAAGCAGAAGAUUACGUCAUACGCGUUUUACAAAGAGAGAGUUUUUCCGACGAGAUAAAAGCACUUCGCGACGGGACGACAAUCAGGAAAAAUAGUCGAAUUGUCCAAGCGACACCCUAUGUAGACAAAAACGGGAUUAUGCGUGUUGGGGGACGAGUCACUGAAAUUAUCGACGCAUCAUUUACUCGAGACCCGAUUAUUUUAGAUGGCCGACACCCGCAGGUGAGACUUUUAAUCGAAAGUUACCACCGACGUUAUCGACACGCGAGCAGCGAAACCGUAUUAAACGAGAUGCGACAAAAAUUCUAUAUUACCGGAUUGAGAAACGCCUUAAAGUCUAUAAUCUCGAAAUGUUUGAUUUGCAAAUUAGAACGCGCGAAACCAAAAAGUCCGAUAAUGGCACCGUUACCUGAGUGCAGAUUGGCCUACAGGCAGAGACCGUUUAGUCAUUGCGGGGUCGACUACUUUGGACCGUUAUACGUCAAAGUCCGAAGAAGCCGAGAGAAACGGUGGGGGGUAAUUUUUACAUGCCUCACUACAAGGGCAGUACAUAUAGAGAUAGCGAAUAGUUUAUCGGCCAGUUCAGCAAUCAUGGCUCUGCGACGUCUCGCCUCUCGCCGCGGUUCCCCUCUGGUAAUGUACAGCGAUAACGGGACGAAUUUCAAAGGCGCGUGUACCGAGUUGAAGGACGAAAUGGCGAAAAUCGACAAAAAUAAGCAACGCGAGUACGCGCUACGAAAUGGCAUAAAAUGGUUAUUUAAUCCCCCCGAUGCUCCACACAUGGGUGGUGCUUGGGAGAGGCUGAUAAGGUCGAUCAAAACCGCGCUGUAUGCUACGCUCAAAAACGAGGUACCGUGCGACGAAGUACUCUAUACAGUAAUGACAGAAAUCGAACAUUCAAUAAACUCUCGACCGUUGACACACGUGUCCGCCGACCCACGCGAUCGCGAAGCGCUCACACCUAACCUUAUUUUAAUUGGUCGUUCCUCCGGCGAUGUAAAACUCGGAAGCUACGACAAUACGGAUACAUGUACGAGAAAACAAUGGCGCAUAGCGCAAGCGCUUGCAGACGCAUUUUGGCGCCGCUGGUUGAAAGAGUAUGUGCCCACGCUGUUGCCACGCAAAAAAUGGACAGAGAAUGUCGAGGCAAUACAGGUAGACGAUGUUGUUAUGUUAGUGGACCUGCAGGCCCCGCGAAAUUCGUGGAAAAAGGGGACAGUAAUCGACGUGUACCCCGGUAAGGACGGCGUAGUUAGAACGGCUAAGAUUAGAAUUAAGAACAGCGAAUUUAUACGGCCCACACACAAAUUAAUUAAGCUUUUCAAUACACGAGAGGUACAAAAUUGA